UUCUCCAACCGCAACCACAAGUCCACAACUCUCUCUCUCUCUCUCUCUCUCUCUCUCUCUCCUUCCUUUUGUCCAGUGAUCCUUCACUGCUGAAGUACUCCGUAGUAAUUGACUACCAACAAAAGGAACUACUCCAUUAUCCAUGGCCUCCACAACCCAUACCAUCUCAUUCUCUCUCCUCACCCUCCUCCUCCUCAUAUCCUCUCUCUCCUCCCCUUCAACCGCCACAAACCCAAUUCCAUCCCCAUGGCCUUCCCAAUUCCACUCAGUCCUAUUCAUGAACAGCAGCGGAACCCUUCAGAAGACGGACUUAUGGUACGACUGGCCCAAUGGCCGAAACUUCAACAUAAUCCAGACCCAACUGGGGACACUCACCUACGAUCUCGAGUGGAACAACGGCACGUCGUAUAUAUACACGUUGGACUCGGACCAGAAAUGCAGGGUCUUGCAUUUCGAGGUGGGGAUCCUCAGACCCGAUUGGCUUGACGGGGCGAAUUACCUUGGACAGAAGUAUAUGGAUGGGUUCCUUUGUAAUGUGUGGGAGAAGGUGGAUUUUAUUUGGUAUUAUGAGGAUGUGGAGACUAAAAGGCCUGUUUUUUGGGAAUUCUAUACAGGAUUUAGUGGGCAUGUGAUGACAUUUGAGGUGGGAAAAGUGCUCGAGGAUGCAAAGUGGCAAGCGCCUCUGUACUGUUUCCAGGAGGCUCAAGAGGAAAAGAGCUCCCUCGUUGAAUCUUCCAUGGCUGCUGGUCUUGGUCCUUUUGGAGGCUUCGUGAGAGAGCCUAUCACCACUAAAAUUCAGCUCUGAUUGUAACUAGCCACUCAUCUUGUUUUAGCAGUUCUAGGCUUUUCCAUCUGGAAGUUGUGGGUUCUGUUUGGAUCCUUUGCUUAAUAAACUUGAGUUUAGAGCA